UCGGCGAAGGUGGCGGAGCCCGCAGAGAAGGAGGCCCAGGCGGCCAAGCGGGCUCAAUUGUCCGCUGAUGCCGGGUCGCAGGCUGCUGCUGCAGGAGGCGAUGCCGCCACGGCCCCAGCCAAGGAAGAGGUCUUCGAGGACCUCGGCCUCACCGUCAAGCCCGUCCCCAAGGACGGCGCAUGCGCAUUUCAUGCUUUGAGCUUCUGGUUCCAGAAGGCCCAGAAGUCCGUGACCUCAGCUGCAGCGAUCCGGGCACAGACCGUGGAUCACCUGGAGCAGCGCAGCAGUCAGUUCGAGCCGCACUGGGAUCGCAUUGGGCCCGUGAUCAACGGCAAGGUCCGCGAGUGCGCUACCUGGUCAUCUUACAUUACUGCGAUGCGG